AUGCCGAUGCGUUGGAUUUAUAUUGCUUGUCAUUAUCCUUAUCCGGAGCAUUAUCCUUACGAGUGUUAUAAAUCGUAUUUAACGCCAGUAGCAUUUCGAAAUAAUACUUUGUCGUCUUGUAAAAAAACUGGAGCUAAUACUGGAAGUAGCGGCGAUAGCAACGGUAGUAGUAGCAGUGAGAGAUUUUGUACAGUUUCAACCAAACAACAUUAUCAUAACAACGUCACGACAUCGAUUACCAUCCCCUACGACAUCAGCCACUCAAAACAGUCCUCAGCAAUAGUACUGCAGAAUGCCCAGAAGAAAGUUGAUAAAGUAGUGGUCGAAGCAGCGUCAUUUAAACAAAAAAAGGAUCUCAUCAAAGGAUCUCACCCAUUCAUGAUGACACAGCCAACCGACUGCUCUCAAAGCUCCUGCCUUUCCCAAAAUCUUCUACCUCCAAUACAUGAAACGCUACCAUCAUUCCGUCAGCCCUCGUCUUUACUGAACGAAACGACAGUCUCUGGAAGUCAUCGCUAUCGUCUUCAGAAUCAAAUGACAUCAACGGUCGAGAAGCGACUUCCUGAUAGUUUUGAACGAAACCAGCAGCAGCGCCUCACUACGCAUCUACCUGUUACAUCAAAAAAUACGACUGUCAUGCAGGAUGUUUGUUCCGGUGGUGGUAGCGAUGCUAUCAAUAGCGAUACAAUGUACACACAGCAACAGAUUACGAUGGUAUCGAGUGCUGACUGUAUGUACAAUCGACGACGACAACAGCUUGCUACAGCGGAACGAUCGAAUAGUAUGAAUGCAUAUGAUCAAGGUUCACAUAUUGUUUUUAUAUUAGCAAGCAGUAAACAGUGGAAUUCAUUUUUGAUCCUUUCUAUACCAUAUGAAUAUGCUUAG